UUUUCCCUGGUUGCAUAAAAACAAAAUUUUUCUGUCAGAUAUGAUUUUCUCCGAAAACUAAACUUAAAAUUUAUUUCUUAUAAAAUGUUUUAGAUUUGAAAUGGUUUGCCGUUGUCCUGCAGACAUAAUAACCUCAAGUAGCCAAAAUUGUUCUAGAUAUUGGAAUCAUAGGUGUCACACCUGCUUUGUUUUGAAAAAGUUUUGUCGCCAAUUAAUCAAGGUCUAUUGUAGGACGCAAUUUCGCGAAAAGUAUUCUGUAUUUGAAGGGGGCAAUAGUAUCAAUAUAAGGAUACAUAGAACAAGAUCGCAAAGAGAUAAGGCAAAUGUUCAUGGGGAUCUUUGUGGAACGCAGCACUGGCAAAAAGUAGCAAAAGGAGAUAUAGCGAAUGAAACUGUAUGUAAAAAGCCUUUAGGUACCGAUUGGGAGAGACAAGCACAAAGAAAUAAAACUACUCAAACCUCCAACUCUGAGAAUAUUAUGAAGCCAAAGGCCAAAGCACCAAAACAUAAUCACAAUGAUAAACCUGGUUUAAAAUCUCCUCAAGAAAAUCGUAUUUCUGUAAUCAAGAAAGUCGUUAAAGACAAUCAAAAGCAACUGAGUCUUCAAAUAAAUAAAGGUCAAACAGAAAAUUCCACUGAGGUUGGCAAAAAGAAGAAAACGAAAUCCCAAAAAGUCCUUAUUGCAGAUCGAAAUCUGUCCGUUUUUGGAAACAUGGAAAGUAAGGAAAUCAACUUAAAUGCCAAUAACAGAAACCAAAGAAAAGAAAACCCUAAAAGUGAAUCAAUGGGUACCUCAAAACUCAAUAAUACACAAAAGGCCAUUAACAAGAAUGCUAAGAAAAAAUCUAACAAAAUAUCGCAAGAACCCAUCACAGCAGAAUUGGUCAGUGAAGAAAAUAAGAAAAAAUCAGUCAAAAAAUUCCAGAAUCCAAUACCAAAGAAAAAGUUGCCAGCCGAAAUCAAUCAAUUUUUUCAGCAAAGUAAAAGCAAGUCAGAAAAGAAACUUCAUAAGGCAAUAGCAGAGAACGAAAACCAAAAACCAAUCAAGACUAACAAAAUAAACAAGAAAAAUGGAGCAAAAAUGUCCCCCUUAGCUCCAAAGGCCAAUAAGAACAGUUCUUUCAAUAGAAUUAGAGACAUAAGAACUCCUAAAAACCCUUUUGAAAAUAUCAUGAUAACUGACUUGAGAAGGAAGGUUCGAAAUGGCCAAAAUCUUAGAAGUCCAAAGCAGAUUGUUCCUUCGAAAGAUCUUCAGACUAAACAAAACAUGUCUAGCCCCAAGCAUCAGAACCUAAGGAUAGAAAAGCCUAAAAUUUUCCCGAAUAGACAUGAGAAACCCUCAAGAUUCGAUGUAAAACCUUGGGAUAUUUUGCGUGCCGCAAUGGAACAACGUGAUCAAUGUUGUGUAGUAUCACAGCAGCCUACCAUAAGUUGUGCGUGCUGUCCUUGGAAUUGCGAAUCCUGCAAAUGUAGCCAAUGAUGAGUCAAUCAAUGAAGGCAUAUAAAAUACUAGCUGAAGCCGGCCGGCUCCGCUACGCCUCCUUUUACAAUAUAUGGAACAAAAUUGUCCUUUGAAUAUUUAUUUUCGACAGUUAAAGAGCGUUAGUGAAAUACCAUGCUACGAAAGUGGUAUAUGUGUGUCGCUUGUCUUUAUGUUAAA